GGUUCAUUUCUGCUGAGGAAGCCGGAGAAAGGGAGCCGUGGAUGGGAGGAAUCAGACGCGCAUGAGUGCAGGAUGAAUCGGUUAUGGAGAGCAGUGUGUGUAUCGAUGGGAAUCGGUGUGUGAGUUAGAAAUCGACAUCAUGGCUAAACAGUACGAUGUGCUGUUCAGACUGCUGCUGCUGGGAGACUCCGGGGUGGGGAAAACAUGUUUAUUAUGCAGAUUCACCGACAAUGAAUUCCAUCCAUCUCACAUCUCCACCAUCGGAGUGGAUUUUAAAAUGAAGACGUUAGAGAUCGACGGGAUCAAAGUGAGGAUACAGAUUUGGGACACUGCAGGCCAGGAGCGGUACCAGACCAUUACCAAACAGUACUACAGACGAGCACAGGGAAUCUUUUUGGUGUACGACAUCACAAGUGAACGAUCCUUUCAGCACAUUAUGAAAUGGGCCAGUGACGUGGAUGAGUACGCUCCUGAAAAAGUGCAGAAGAUCCUCAUCGGGAACAAAUCCGAUGAGUACCAGAAGAGGCAAGUAGCUACAGAGCAGGGGAACAAGCUUGCUAAAGCUUAUGGAAUGGAUUUUUACGAGACAAGUGCCUUUAACAAUCACAACAUCACAGAGUCCUUUACCCGUUUAGCUGAGCUGGUGUUGCAGGCCAAUAAAAAGGACCUGGACGUCCUGCGGGUCUCCCUCACCGACCAGCUUGACCUUUCAGCCCUGGAGGAGGAGGAAGGAAUCUGUGAGAACAGCAGUAACACUCAGAAGUCCUGCUGGUGCUGAGGACACGGAGUCACAUCGACACGCUUUGUGUUUCUCUUGGAUUUUGGAGUUUGCUGCUUUCCAUGAACGUUCUUUAAAAACUGCAGAUGAAAUGUUUGUGCUUUAUUUAAUGGAAUAAACUUCUGUGUGUGGGAUGGAAGCAUCGAGUUCAGUUCUGUUUGUGCACCGACAGCCUGGUCCACUAGAUGGAACCGUGUGCUCGCUCUCAGAUCAGCAGAUCAGCACAUCAGGAUCUGUACACCAAUCCACAGUCCAGUCAAAUCCAGGCACAUACGAUGACAACAAACAAAUAUUUCACCCAUCCAGUUUUUUUAAUUUUUAUUUCAAGCAACCCACAUUUUGUCCAUGAUUUUUACCCAGGCAAAACAAACAAUGCAUCAAAAUGUAUCAUAAAACAAAAUAUACAUAAUUAAUAAAAAUUAGGGUUGGGCGGUACGACCAAAAAUUUGUAUCACGGUAUUUUUGAAGAUUCUGACAGUUUCACGGUAUGUUUUUUUUCUGUAUGACUGGGACUUUUAUAUGUGUGGCUGAUUCUACUGCCAUAAGUACAUAGAAUACUGUAUAAAUAUAUGUUUAUUUCACCAUGUAUAUACAGUCGACCCUUGACUUAUGAAUGUAAUUGGUUCUGAAGGGCUGUUCUUAAGUUAAAAUGUUCGUUAGUUAAACCUAUUUUUUCCAUAAGAAAUAAUGUAAAUACAAUUAAUCCGUGCCAGACCUCCCAACCCCCCCCUUACCCCUAACCUCUCUAAUGUCUUAAAUGCUCUUUUUUUGUUAUAAAUACAAGUAUAUUUUCCCUUAAUCUUAAAUUAUAGAAUAGGCAUUCCUGUAAUAAACAAUAAUA